UUCGAGGGUAGCAACAGAGAAAACGCGUUGAAUGUGAUCUUCGUAAAAGGCAUUUUGGAGCGUUUGCCACAUACCUCCAACUGUCAUAAGUUUGUUUUUGUUAUUGUUUGCUUGAGAUUUCGGCUUUUGUUAGUAGUUUAACGUUAGCAGAUUUUUCAUGUUAUAAACUCUAUAAAAAUGUUUCGUAAAGCUUAUUCCUAUUCCAGUGUUUCUGAAGAACCUUCUUCUGGAUGUUGUCGAGGCUAUGGUUAUAUAUAUGAAGAAAAAGAGAAAAAAACUACAUGUCGCUGCUUAACAAGGAUACCUUACGCCACAUUAAUAGCUACUGUAUUAUGCUGUACUGGAGUAGGCAUUUUUCUUGGUUCAUUUUAUCGUGGUAUUUCUCUUACUCUUCGUACAUUUGAAGAAGUUUUCCAUUUCCAGUUUGAUUGGCUCAUUGAUUUGCAUAUUGUAUUCAUAAUCAUUGGGGGAGUUAUGGGAGCUUUCAGCUUGAUAUUAUUGUUGGUAGGCUUUCUUGCAACUGGUGCUACCAGGGAAAAAAUAUAUAGAGGAUUCAAAUCAAGAAUUGGUGGACGUUUAUCUUGUGCUUUUUUUAUGGGACUAACCUAUAUAUUGGAGUUAGUUUGGCUGAUUGUCUUUGUCUCUCUGGUUCUUAUUACAUUUGUGUUCUCUGUUUGGUGGGGAAUGUGUAAUAAUCUAAAGUAUGAGCCCAAUCCUGAAAAUAGAUGCAUUGAUUUGAAACCUUUGGCUUUUAUGUUCCCUAAUGGCACAGACAUGAACUUACUUCGAAUUUGUGAUGGUGGAAAACAAAAGAAUUUCUGCAAAGACUGUGUUGAACCUGCAGAAGUGCUAUUUAUUGUUGCUCUUGCUGCAAGCUUUUUAGUUGUGCUUAGCUUGAUACAUUACUUAAUGUGCUUAUCUGCAAACUAUGCUCGAAUCAAAGAUAACGAAAAGUUUCAAGAACUUCAAGAGUUGCAAUUUCUACAAGAUACUGAGAUGGGAACACUAUCAAAAGAUAGAUUCUGAAAUAUUUUAGUGAAAGUUUUAUGGUUGUCUUGCAAAAUAUUUCAUGUAUUCCACUUUUUGCAGAAGUAUUAUUUUAAUAUCCAAGUGUUUUUAUCGAAGUUCUUUCAUAAAACUUCACUAUUUUUUGUUACUUAAAAUUUUUAGAUGUAUAAAAUCACACAAAUAUUUUGUAUGGUAUUUAGCUAUGCAAUUUUUACACUCUUUAAAUUGUUUCUCUCUAUUUGAAAAAUAUAUAGUGUUGUUGUAAGAUAUUAAUUAUUGCAUUUACAAUUACAUUUUCAUAUACACCUUAACAAAGUCAUGACUUCUAAACGUUUCAUUACUCUGAAAAGUUUAACACAUUCCACUAUAUACUUGAAAGUUAUAUUUUGCACUUUCAUUAAUAAAUAUAUGUGUGAUAAAUGUAUCUCUUUUUAAAAUCAAUUAAAAUACUACUAACUUCUGUUAUGAAUCAUUUGUUUGGAUUUAAAUUUUAUAAAAAUUAUUAACUCUAGUGAUCUAUGUGAGUUUUAAUACAUUUGAAAUUCAAAGAAAUUUAUAUUUAAUGAGAAAAUUACAGUGCAAUUUUUACAUUCAAUAUUAUUGAUAUUUUAUGUGCAUUUAUAUUUUAUCAAUUUACUUAUUUUGUCAUUCAUUUUAUAUCAUUCUCAUUUUAAAGGCAGCUUUUUAGCAUUUUAUUUUACUUAAGAUAUAUAUCAAGUAUUUAUAGUGUGCUGUAUAAAUUUUAUUCAAAAGUAGCUGUAGUAAUUUUUUUAGAAAAAUAAGGAAAAAUAACUUUUUUUAGCAGACUUAAUCAGAUAAACGAACUUGCCUUUAGUCUGCAGUACAGGUGUUAUUUAAAAUUUCGUUUUUACCAAUAACAAUAAUAAUGAAUUUGACUUGCUUUAUAAGUCUUAACCUGCAAGAUUUUGUUUAGAAACAGUGCUCAUCCAGUAACAAAAAUGUGAGUUUGAAUUUCUAUUAUUAUUGUUCCUAAUUAGAUUCACCUUUAAAAAUUGAAACUGCUGCCGUAUUUCAGAAUUUUUCUUUAUUUAAUUUAUAAGUUACGACUGUUUUAGUUGUUCAUUUUGAGUGUAAGGAAUUUAAUGUGCAUAACAGCAUGUUACUUUGUCUGGUUUUUAUUUUUUAUUUGAAAAAGAAUUUAAAAAUUUUGAUUCAUGAAUUCUUCCUGUGAUAAACUCAUUAGAUUUUAAAUACGAAGAUCUGAUAUUAAUAUCAAUUUUAGUCAUCUGUUUUUCAAUGAGUUUCUUCCUUUUCAUUUUGCACUAGCAGUAUUUGUUUAUUUAUUUUUUCAAAACUGUUUAGCUGAACUUUGGUGGCUAAUAUAUUCUUCCAUGACUUUGCUGUUAAAAAGAUAUCCUCAUCGCUAUCACUUAAUUAUAUUUAAUAGAAGUUUUUUUGCAGUGUUCUAAAGAAAAAAAACUUUAGCAAUUUAAUAAAAGCUCAGUUUUUUUAAAAAAAAUUGUGUAAUAAAUGCAUAUUUUUUUACUAUUUACUGUUAAGCUUUUCCAUCAGAUUUGAAUGUUCACAAAAGCAUUUGCAUGUUAUUUAUUAAUUGGUGCAUUAUUUGUUUGUUUUUUUCUUCUAAUUUAUUGUUUGCUUGGUCUAUUUCAACUGUAUCAUUUUAAUGUUUUUCUUAUGUAAGGCUGCCAUGCAUAACUUUUCUUUACUAUAUAUAUAUAUAUACAUUUAGAUAGUCAAAAAAACGAAAUUUUUAAUUUAAAAAUGCUAUAGUGCCAAAAAGAUGUAUUAAGUAAAAAGAAGAGAAUCGAUAUAGAAAAUUUUAUAAUCGGUUAAUAUCUUCUGGUCACGCAAUGCACUUGAAAUUUAUGAAAAAUUGAACAUUUUUCUUUCAUUUUUUUUUAUUCCAUUUAAAUAAAAUGGCCAUGCUAUAGUUUUUAAUACUCAAGUUAAGGUUUAAGUAAAGGAACUAAGUUAAAAUAUCAUUAUUAGCUCAAUGCAUACCAUGUUUAGAAAAAGAAUUAUUUUUCAAGAUUCUCACACUUACUGUCUUUAAUCAACAGCCUUAUCAUAACCUGUGGAUGAGAUAAUAAGCAGUGCAUUUAGUUUUAUUUUCUUUUAGUAGGGCUUCUACAGUCUUGCAAAAUUAAAGAGUUUUGACAAAUAUUUCACCAGGCUUUAGAAUUUUUAAAUUUAAUUGAACUUUGAUUUUAGGAUUUCAACUUGGUAAGAACUAGUUAAAACAUUUCAAUUUCUCCAGAUUUUUUCAACCAUGUCAUAAAAUUUUCCAGAUUGUAACAAAUUUUGUUGAAUCAGUAGUUUAGUAUAAUUUAUAAAUUUAAUACUUUUUUGCUUACUUUGUCAGAAUAGUAUUGAUUAUCAAAACUGAAAGUAAAUAUAGAAUAUUUGAGAGCCAAAGAAUGUAAAAAGGUGGGUGAUUUUGAAUGUCCUGCAUUUGAUUUUUUUUCAGAGCUAACUAAUGAUUAGUGAACAUUUUCUAUCAUGCUGUUUUAAAGAGAGAUUCAAAUUAUAUAUUAAUGCAAAUGGCAAUUGCGUAAAUUUUACAUAAGAAGCUGGGCCAGUAGAAGAAAUAUUAAAAUUCUUGUACGAUAAAAUAUUUAAUCCUAGACUGCGUAACAUAGAACUGUUCGACUAAUUCUUGUUUAUCAUUAACCAAACUAAAAAAAAUUCAAAAUUUAUGCAAGUGUUAUAAAGACAGAUUUUGGCAAUUUCGACCAACCAAAUAAUGUAUGACACAUUUGUCUCUUUCUUGAUGUCUAACUGCAGCAAAUGCAGAGUUGUACGGAGCUGUAAAUAAUGUUAAUUCAGUCCUUCUGAGAAUUUGAGGAAAGAAAAAAAAUUACCUUCUUGAAAUGAUUCAUGCAUAUGUGUUUCAAUAUAAGAGUGAAUUUCAUAGAUUUCAAGCAACCAUUUUUUAAGUAAUUUCAAAAUAUCUCCGUAUUAAACAAUUUACUUCAAAUUAUGAAUCUAGAAAUUGAAUGAAAUUUGUUUUGUGAUCUCAUGGAAAAUUUACUGUUUGUUAUGAUUGCAGUUUAUGGGAAAAACAUUCACGAGCAUGAUUGUACUGUAAUCUAGGUUUUAUUAAAUGUACAAUUCUGUAGUUAAGCACUAUAUACAUAGAUGCUCUAUUGUACAAGCAUAAUAAUUUUUCCUCUAGUUUACUGGCUUCUUAAAAAAAAUUUAUGUGCCUGCUAUUUGUUAAUAUAAAACUUUAAAUUUCUCUUAAAACAGCAUUUAAAAAAAUUGUGUUUCAAUAAUUUGCUCUGCUGGAAAUUUUCUCUGGACCCCAGUUCUAGGACAGUCAAAAUCUUGUCCAAUAAUUACCUUCUUUGAUUCAUUAUGUGGAUGCUAAUAAUCUAUAAUAGUAUAAGUCAUAAAAUUUGAAAUAAUGUUAUUUUUACUUAUUUCACUUUUUUAAGCAAUAAGUAUAAGAAAAAAUAGCGUGUUGAUUUCACAAUGUUGAGUAAAAUUAAAAAAUUUAAGAAAAUGUUCAAUUUUUUCAGUUUUUAUAAAUUUUAAGUGCAAUGCGCAACCAAAGAUAUAAAGAAAUUUAAAAAAAACUUUAUAUCAAUUUUCUUCUUUUUACAUGUCGCAUCUUUUCUGCACAUUUUUUCUUUAAAAAUAUUGUUGUUGUUUUUUUGUUUACCCUAAUAUGCAGAUUACUAGUUUGAAAAUUUCUCAUAAUAUUUUAAAAUGUUUCUCUAAUUUUUAUGCUUUCGUAUGUUGAAGCUUAUUAUUUUAAUAUUUACAAAAUUUAACUUUGUGUAACUUUUUUUAAUAUAUAAACAGCUUAUGAGUAUAGCAAAUGUUAAGAAGUCCAAUUGGUAUUUGCAUUAUUACUCAAAUUUCAGCUUUCAAAUGUAUAAUGGUUUUCCCUUCAAACUAACCUGCUUAUUUUCCUCUAAAGAUUUGAAGGCAAAAAAAAAACAUUUUUUUACAUCAAUUUCUUAAAGAGUACUAGUGAGUGUAAUAAAUUCACUAAUGUGAGGUCUCUGAUCCAAGCAUUACAAUUUUUUUUUUAUGAUUUUCUUUAAAUUUAUGUCUUUAAUUAUUUAAAAUGUGUCAAAUUUUAUGUUCGAUUGACAGAUUUCAGUUCAAUUUGAAAAGUUAUUGUUUUUGCCAUUUUAAAUUAUGAACUUUUAAAUAACUUAGAUAUUUUCACAAUUGAAAAUUGAUAUUUAACUUUUAGUAAUUUAUUAGAAUUAUAUUUGAAUUAUCUUGGAAAUAUACUUUCUUGUGAAGGAAUGUUUCAUAUUAGUGCUUCAGAGCAACUAUUUUGCACCUUAAAUAUUUUCUGUGCAAUACUUUGAAACAGUAUAGAAUUUUGAUUAUAAAUUUUUAAUAAACAUCACCUUUUGAUGAGAAUCAUUCUAUUUACUAAUACUUUAAAAUAUUUAGAGGGAAUGAAGUCUAUUUAUUACAUAAAUAGAAAAGUGUUUUUUUAAAUGUUGAUAAUUUUUAUAUUUAAAAUUAAUAUGUGUAACUUAAAUAUAAAAUACUUAAAUUGUAAAAAAAAAAAAUGUCUACUGUUGUUAACUUUUUGGAAGUUCUCAUAUACAUGUAAUUAUUUUCAACAUUUUCAUACUUUAUUCCAAGAAAUCUUUUUUUUUUCUUCAUGUAAUUUUUUAUAUAGAAGAAUUAAUAUUCUGUCCUUCUUUUUUUUUACUUAAUUAUCAUUCCAAGUGUUUCAGUUA